AUGGAGGAGAAAGCCAAGUACUUGAUGAUAGCAAAAAGAAGACCGAGGGACGAGAUGUCGGUGUUCCUCAAUCCUUCUCGGCAUCCAGCUGAUCACCUUGUGGUUCCUUCUUUCUCCUUUGUCGAGUCGCCUACGUGGGACGAAGAGGCUUUCGCGAGAGACUCUGCCCACUUGGGCGGCUGCAUAUGGCCUCCCCGGUCCUACUCCUGCUCCUUUUGCGGCCGAGAGUUCCGGUCGGCACAAGCCCUCGGCGGCCACAUGAACGUCCACCGUAAGGACCGGGCCAUACUCAAGCAGUACAACUCCAGCGCAAGCCCCACAGGAUCGGAAACCUUAGAGACUAGCAGUGAGCCAUGUAGUACUAUCAACCAAGCUAACCCUAACCCUAACCCUAAUUCCAAUUUCAAGGUGUGUUCACCAAUUGCCUUUAAUGGUUAUCAAAAGGAGGCUCUUUUCUUUGAGGAGAGACCCACUUUGCAGCUGCUGAAUGAAAUUGAUUUGAGCAAGCAAGUAAUUCGAGGGACGCGAGAUGAGACAAACAAAGAAGAAGAGGAGGAGGAGGAGGAGGAGGAGGAAUUGUUUAAGAUAAGCAUGAACAAAAGAAGAAGAACUGAUCCGGAUUCGCCUUUCUUGAUCAAUACAAUUGGAGUCAACCUCCAUGCGGAGGAGUUGGAUCUUGAGCUAAGGCUUGGAGAUGCCCCUCAGGUUAAGUAG